AUGAUCCGCGCCGCUGCCCUCUUUGCCAUUGCCGCCGUCGCGGCGGCGAACCCUCAAUACGGGGAGCCUACGCCUGCACCAUACACCAAGCCUACGCCUGAACCUACGCCUGCGCCAUACACCAAGCCUACGCCUGAACCUACGCCUGCGCCAUACACUAAGCCUACGCCUGCGCCAUACACCAAGCCGACCACGGCGCCAGUGACUACGCCAGCGCCAGAGCCUACCCCCGCGCCGACCCCUGCGCCGACGUACUACGUACCCACGACGACCCCCCCUCCUCCGUUCGUGCCUCCUUCCGAGGAUUCGUACGGCCCUGCUCCCGAACCCGUGUGCACGUCCACGUACAAGCCAAACUCGGCCAAAUACCUCGCGUACACGUGCUCGUCCCUGUACGCUACAGCGUCCAAGUGGGCGACCAACAACUGCAAGGCGUACUACCAGGUCACGGCCGCGUACGACGACAAGGCGUUGUACCAAGCGCACUUGUGCACAUACUGGUCGCAACGAAGUGUGUUCCGCGUCGUGACGUCGUGCUUCAUCGAAGCGCACCUUCGCAACGAGUUUAUCACCAAGUACGGCAAGGACGGCCCGGGCAAGUGGUUCUGCAAGUACUCCGAGUUCGUCAACCAAGUCAAGGACUGCUACUCGUCGUCGCUGCACUAUUACCCGCUCGGGAACUCGCUCAACUCGCUGGAAAAGACUGUCGUGGCACUCAACCCCCCCGCCAAGGACACGCCGCCUUUCGAGUUUACGGGGGCGUCUGUGGCAUUGUGUGCGUACUACAACAAGGACCAAGUAUACAACAAAGCGACGUAAACGUCUACUGCGCUUGGAAAAUUGCUGCUGCUUGCUUCGGUCGGCCUUGUCGUUGUAUUUCACGCUGGCGCCGUGGACAUGGCGGCUCGACGAAGACCCAAGUAUUUAACAACUUGUUGAUGUUUCUACCUAACGUUUCAUAUAUUCCCAAUACACUCCACCCCUUCCUCGUA